CAAAGGGAACAAAAAAAAUACUCUUCUUAUAUAAGAGAAACCAAAGUUGAGUUCGUCCAAAUAUCAUCAAAUCUCAUUCAGGUUUUGAAGAAGAAAAAAGAUACAUACAUAUAUAUUAGCAAGAUGAAUAUGGAAGAUGGUUUGAAUCUUACACUUGGGUUACCUGGAAGAGACGAGUCUGAUAAAGAGUUGUGCUUCAAGAACAACAAACGGUCACAACCCGAAAACAACGAUGACCGUAGCGAAUCAAAAGGCAGUUCUAUAGCCAAAGAAACUGACAUGGAAACUGUACCUGCAUCCAAAUCACAAGUGGUAGGAUGGCCACCAGUGAGGAACUACAGGAGGAACAACUUUCAAACAAAAAAGAGUGAAACAGAAAGUGGGAUGUAUGUGAAAGUAAGCAUGGAUGGUGCACCUUAUCUAAGAAAGAUUGAUCUAAAAAUUUAUAAAGGUUACUCUGAGCUUCUAAAAGCUCUGGAAAAUAUGUUCAAACUCACAAUUGGUGUUUAUUCUGAGAGAGAUGGUUACAAAGGAUCUGAAUUUGCACCUACUUAUGAAGACAAAGAUGGUGAUUGGAUGCUUGUUGGUGAUGUUCCUUGGGAAAUGUUUAUAGUGUCAUGCAAAAGAAUGAGAAUAAUGAAAGGGUCAGAAGCAAAAGGGUUGGGAUGCAAUGUAUGAAAAGUGAACCAAAUUAAGAUGGAUAUCAUCAUGCAUCAUCAAGUAUAGCUUGGAUGGAUGGAGUGGAAGAGAAGAUGAAUCUUUCAGCUUGAGUUCUCCAAGAAAUAUUUUUCAUAUUUUGAAUGUCACUUGUAUCAUUGAACUUUGACAGGAGAAGUUUAAGAUUUAAGAAGAAAAGAAAACCAAAAAAAAAAAAAAUGUUAUAGGAUUUACUAUAUACUAAGUCAAUCCAUAUAUAUAUAGUUUUGCUUUCUGUAAAUUUGUGGCAGGAAUAUCAGUGAUGUUUUUUGAGGUUC